CUGAAUUGCCCUCCCGUCUUCACAACACCCAGAGCUGCCCAGGACAAGCUGGUGGCGAUGGGGCCAUGCAUCUUUGGGUGGGUGUUGGGGGUCACCUAGCUUUUACAGGACCUAAUAAAGAUGGGUCAGAGCUGGGGACAGGGCUGGAGACCCCAGGAUGGUCACAGGCUUAACUGUCCCUGAGGCAGGGACUGUCCAUCGAAGCACCGAGAAGCCAAGGAGGUGGCAGAGCUGUGGUACAUCCUCGUGCCACCAAUUGCUGGUGCUGCACUUACCCACCCCAGAGCUCUGGGCACUGCAAAAGGAUCCCAUCACCGGGGUCCUGGGGCUGGAGGGAUGUGGCAGGGACACAAGGGACCCACCUCAGGGCUCAGGGAGCUCCAAGGGGACCCCAGGACUGUGCUGAAAACCCAGGAGCUGGGGAAGGGGCAGGCAGGGAGCCCCACGGCAGGCAGCGUGGGUGGCUCAGAGAGAUGGAGGUGGGCAGGAUGAUGCUGUGCGGUGAGACACAGAGAGCCCAGGCAAUGCCAGCAGCAUGGGGACCACCAUGUCUGCUGUCCAGCCGUGCGGAUUGGGGAUCGGGAUGGUGGUGGUGGUGGUGGGAGGCUGGGCCUGGGUGGUCUCCAGGCAGUGUCCGAGCCCCGCUCCCAGCUGGGAUGGCAGCGCUGUGUUUGCGAAGAGUUAAGGAGGCGGAAGAGGCAGGAAGCGGCCCGAGCCGCUCUCCAUAGAAACCCGCGGCUGUGAUUAAAGUCUGAUGCGGGCCCGAUAGCGGGGGGGGGGGGCAGCGCCCGCUUUAAUUACAGUGGAGGAAAUUGCUGGAGCCGGGGCCCCGAGCCCCUGCGAGUUGCCUGGAAACUCCCCCCCCCGCCUCCCCCGUCCCCUGCCCGUCCCCUGCCCGUCCCGCUGCCAUUUAUUCGCCAUCAGCUGCUCCCUGAUAAAGUGGAAUAAUAAUAAUAAUAAUAGGGGCAGGAAUAUUAAAACAUGCAGCCCGCGGGCCACCCCCACAGCUGCCAUGAGACACGGCACCGGAGCGGUGCCACUGCUGCUCAACAUGUACCUGCCAGAUCCAGUCGGGGAAACUUUGUUCAAAGACGGCAAGAGCCAGGCGUGGGGGUCCCUCAGCCCGGGCGUGCAGAAAGGCAGCGGGCAGAUACAGCUGUGGCAAUUCCUGCUGGAGCUGCUCUCGGACCGGGCCAACCUGAACUGCAUCGCCUGGGAAGGCACAAACGGGGAGUUCAAGCUGAUCGACCCCGACGAGGUGGCGCGGCGCUGGGGUGAGCGGAAGAGCAAACCCAACAUGAAUUAUGACAAGCUCAGCCGGGCGCUGCGCUACUACUAUGACAAGAACAUCAUGACCAAGGUCCACGGCAAGCGCUAUGCCUACAAGUUCGACUUCCACGGGCUGGCGCAGGUGUGCCAGCCAGCUGCCCCCGAUCACACCCUCUACAAAUUUCAGGGCAACUUGGCCCCACUGCCCUUCUCAGGCAUCUCUAAACUCAACCUCAUGACCUCGGGGGUGACACCAGCCAGCUUCUCCUACUGGCCUGGCUCCAGCCCAUCCCUCUAUCCUGGGCACGGGCUCCAGCCCUCUGCCCCGUUCAGUGCCAUGGCAGCCUCUCACCUCAACAACAUGAACAACCAUUACCAUUAGAGGCUCAGCCAUGCCAGGCAGACCUCCCCGUCCCUGGUGGCAUGGGGCUGUGGAGCUGGGGAGCUCGGCAGGAAGGGAUGGGGGGGAGGGGUGGGAUCAUGCCCUGCUCUCAGUUGCCCCCUUUUGGAUUUGGAGAGUGGCAAGGGGGGCGAGGGGUGCUUGCAGGGUAGCUGGGUUGGUUCCCCCAUGUGGGUGGCUGGAGGACGGAAGCUGUCUAAAUUUAGGAUGAAGAGGGAUCCAUGAUCCUAGGAACAGACAUGGAUACCUAAAGCAGGGUGUGAAUGGAAGGAAAAACCAUGGGCUCUCCUCCUGGCAGGACCGUGCCUCUCUUUCCUUUGCAACAUGCUGCGCACCCCACGAAUGUCCUUAGCUCUGUCCCUAGCCUGUGCCUGCCCACCCCUCUCCCUGCAGAGAGGAGUGAGGAGCUGGAGCCCCAGGGCAGCUUUGUCCAGGGGUGAAGGUCUCACUGGGCAGGGUAAGGGAACCUUCCUUGCCACUCCUUGGUCCCCCACCUUUGUCUCCAAAGCUUUCCCUUCCUCUAUCUCUCCUACACCUCCUGCUGAAGGUGGCCUCCUCCAGACCUCAGGAGAAGCCUUGGUGUGGAGAGCAGGUGGCCUGCACAGGUUAACUCCUGCCCAGGGCAGGGCUCUGGGGUUGGAGGUGCCAGGGGCAGGUGGGGGACACUGCCAGCCCUCAGGGCAAGGCCAGAGCCCGGAGGCAGCAGUGUCUGGCCCCUGCAACUCUGCCUUCUCCCCAGUGCCCGAGGACCAUGCCACAGAGUGGGAUGAUCCCCAACACCCUGUGCACAAGCCCAUGUCCUGCUGGUCACUUCCAAGUUUAAGGCUCCAGUUUUACUGUGACUUUAGCACCUCGCAUGCAGGGCUUGGUGGGAUACUCUCCACAGGUGAGGACAUCCCCUGGGGCAAGGCUGGGUCAGAGGUGGAGCAGAAGGGACGACAGCAGGGCUGGGAGCCCCGGACAUUGAGGGACAGCCCUGGGUCUCUCUGCCCUGGGUCCAAGGAGGUGCCCCCAUCCUCUGGAGCAGGACUUUGGCCCAGUGGAUGCGGAAGAGCUGGGCAUGCUGGGCUCUGUGCUGGCUGGGGGGAGGGAUUGGUCUUCAAUAAAACAGAGAGG